CAGAGCAUAACAAGAUACUGCACUGCACGGAAGAGCAUUCAAUCCAAUCGGCUCAAGAAGACGUGGUGCUGUGUCUAUAAAAUUGGAAAAGGUCCGAUGAAGUGUUUCAUUUUCAGCUGCACGCUGAACCGGUAGACACCUUUCGCUUUACAAUGUGAAUAAAGUGUCACGUUUUGUAUAAAGUGCUACAAGGAACACCAUGGACAGUGCCUCGAACAUAAGCUCACCAAUGUGCUCUAGAACGUCUAGAAAGUGCUAACGGAAAGAGGUCCAUGAGAAGUGAAGUCUGAGCAGAGUGCUUCCUGAACGGUUCCAGUGUGUGUUAAAAUCAGUCGAGAAGACACUGUCGAAGAAAGUUUCUUCCGUGAGCCUUUAGCUACUUUACUACGAAAGUGUGUCAGUAUUGUGAACAAGCAGGACCAUGAAAUUGACGUUCAUGGCCGUUGUCCUCUUGAUAGUACUUUGCAGUUCAAAUGUUAACGCAAGAGCUUUAAGAAGGUCAUGUGGAAAGUACUUGGCGGAUCGAAUUUCUGACCUGUGCAAAGCUCGAGGUGGUUACAAUCAACUGAGUUCCACUGAUAGCGUACUGCAGACUCAUCACCGUGCCAAGCGUGGAGUAGUAGAAGAAUGUUGCAAACAAAGCUGUACUGAUACUACACUAAUGCAAUACUGCAUGGAACAGGCUGAAGAACCGGAAGUGGUGGUUAUUUCCAACGAGGAAAGUAAAUUGACUACCCCAGCACCAACAGAAAAAUCUCUCGAACAAUUUAAAUUUACUACGAGAUUUCCCAUGCAUACAAUUCCAAUGGAGAUAGGAACAGUGCGACCGGAGUUCAACAAUAUAAAUGCAAAAUAUCUGGGCAACAGGCGGAAGCAGUACUAUUUUUACUACUAAUGGAAAGCGGGCGAUUGUGAUACGUAAAUAGAAAACGCUCGCAAAGAACUGAACCUCCCUAAAGGACCAGAUCCUAAGGCUGUGAAUGAAUUUAAGCAACAACAAAAAACAACUUCUAGUCAUCAACAUAUAA